UCUGCAACGCGUCGCUUUGUCAAUCCGAGACGCAACCCAACAUCCACAGCGACUCUUUGGCCUCAUCGCGUCGCAGAGUCCCGGGUGGCGAUUGAGUACUCGCAUCAUCAUUACUUCCUUUUUUUGACAUCCACCCGUGCCGGCGGCUUCCGGCUGUCUCGCGCAACCAUGCCCCGCCACGUCGACCAGGACGUGCAUGCCGCCUUCGUGGAAUUUCGAGCUGGACAGGAUGACAAGUGCAUGUCGGUGCAGUGCAUCUACUGCCAGCAGGUCCGGGCCAAGAACACGACGCGCCAGAAGCAGCAUCUGCUCCAGUGCGCCCCGUACCUCCGAGCCCACCCCGAGGUAGCCCUCCAGGCGUCGGCAGCAUCAGCCUCUGCGGCCGCGGCGGCCGCGGCGACGGCGUCGGCAACAGCAGCUACCGCAGUUCCCGCUCCUACCCCUUCCGCACAUCCUGCUCACGCAGCAGGUCCCGGUGCCCCCAAUGCGACGCCCAUCCCUCCUCCCGCGGUCCAUCCGGUCCCUUCGUACGGCCAGGAUGACGUCGCUGGCGACCACACAACGCUGAGCUUCAUGCCCAACCCGCGCAUCAACGGAUCGCCGAGCCAGGGCCGUCCCUCGCUGGGUGGCGACGGCACGCCCGCACCCAAGAAGCAGAAGACGAAGGCAACGCCCGGCUCGAACCUGCCCGAGAUCCCGCUGCGCGAGGUCCAUGCCGCCUUUGUCGAGUUCCGGGCUAAGGAGGACGACAAGUGUAUGUCGGUGCGGUGCAUCUACUGCAACCAGGUCCGGGCGAAAAACACAUCACGGCAAAGGGAGCACCUGAUGACUUGCCCCGGUUUCCAGACCGUGCUCAAGGACAAGAUCCCCGCCAACAACCUCCGCCAUCAGUUCGACGACGAGGAUGUUGCGAGCUCACUGGCGCUGCCCACCCCGUCUCUCGAUCUCGACUUCCGCCUGAGCAUCAGGGUCAAGCCGAAGCUCAAUGUGGGCGCCGGCGCCUCCGGUCGGCAGAGCUGGAUCUCGUGCGUGGGGGGCCAGUGGGCUGGCCGCUGGGGCAAGGGAGUCGUGCUUCAAGGUGGACAGGACGUGCAGACCUCGGUCAAGGACACGGCGACGCGCAUCGACGCGCAAUACCUGCUGCAGACCAGCGAGGAGCACCCGGCUCUCUUCAUCUGCAAGAUCACCGGGUGGCUGACGGGCGAGCGAGAGGUCAUGGAGCGGCUCCAGGACCCCGUCGCUGCGGACAACGUCGCCGCCAAUCGCUACCAGCUGCGCGCCACCAUGCAGCUCGAGACCGGCGACGAGCGGUACCAGGAUGUGAACACGGGCGUCUGGGUCUGCAGCGGCUGCCGCAGGGGCGCCGAAAUCGUCUACGACGCCUACCGCAUCAGCUGAGCGGGCAACAUUGGACGAUGAUGCCUGUACCACCUGCCUUGACACGUCAUCGGGCUUUUCCUUGGCGUUUUGUGAUGUGCGUUGGUCUCAUUGGGCGUCGGGAGCUGGAGAAA